GUGUUCGGUCAGGUCAGUGCUUGUUUGUUUUUCUUUACGAGUUUUAUCUCGGAUUUGCUUAUUUAGCUACCAAGCUACAGUCUUCGGAUGAACGAGCACGUGUAGUUAACCAGGCCAGCUAACUAGCUAACUAGAUGGUGCAAAUCGGUUAAAAACAGCUGCCACCAUGCUGGGGACGACAACAGGAAGGAAACGAAAGAAGGAAAUAGUUGGAGAGAUUCAACUGAACAUUUGUCCAGAUGAAACAGAGCUCCCAGGUAUUCUAGAACAAACUGGGAGAAAAUGGAAAACAACAUUGAGGCUGAGAACACAACCGGAUGGAGGGGCUGUAGAGGGCAGCAGGAGAAGAAAGAGACAACCAGAUGGAGGGGCUGUAGAGGGCAGCAGGAGAAAGAGACAACCAGAUGGAGGGGCUGUAGAGGGCAGCAGGAGAAAGAGACAACCAGAUGGAGGGGCUGUAGAGGGCAGCAGGAGAAGAAAGAGACAACCAGAUGGAGGGGCUGUAGAGGGCAGCAGGAGAAAGAGACAACCAGAUGGAGGGGCUGUAGAGGGCAGCAGGAGAAAGAGACAACCAGAUGGAGGGGCUGUAGAGGGCAGCAGGAGAAGGAAGAGACAACGCUGCAGAGAGUCCGACACGGGAAUGGACAGUGUCCCCUCUAAGUCUGAUAACAGGACUCUUGAUGCUGCACCAGAAUCUGAGACAGGGGAAGAUGGCCCCCAUGCAACCACGGUUGAGACAAGCACCCAACACCGCAGACGCAUCCAAAACGAUAAAGCUCUCAGUGAAAACGAAUGGAGGGCUAUGAUUGAGCUCACAGAGUUUGUUCCCAAUAUUGCAUCUCGUCCUGUUAAUAAGAUCAGAGCGAUGAUCAAGUAUGAUCUUUAUCGAUUCAAGGAAUUCCGAAGACAAGGCAUUUCCCUGCGAACUGGACGAUACAGCGCACAGGAGAACAAACAACUCAUGAGUAACAUAAACGAAUUCCUGGCUCUCACAGGGAUUGAGAAUGCUGCUAAACUCUUCCAUACAAAGCGCUUCAAAGACGAACUGACACAAAUCCAGAGGUUGAAGAGUCAUCACAGGUUCCCUGAAAGAAUAGCUGAAGGAAUCCCAAGGCCUUGGCAUAAGAUCUAUAGUCGUGGUGGGAGGAAAAUGUUUGAUGGUAGCAGCUACAAGGGCAGACGAAGGUUCAGCGAAGAUGAACUUUACUCUUUGAAAAAACUGCAGACGUUGCACGGCAACAAUUGGGUGAAGAUCUCGCAGUUGACUGGCCGGAGUGAAACGCCGCUCAGGAAGCGUUUUUCUCAGAUGUUCGCAAACUUAGGUUCUUGGAGCGAGGAAGAACUGAAGAGACUAAUGGAAGCUGUGAGAGACCACCUGCUGGGACAGGUGGAGCCUGGCAGAGGACAUGCCACCAUCAGGAAAGACAAGCUGUACAACAACAUCCCCUGGACAGAUGUAUGCCGGAGGGUUAAGACACGCCACCGGGACCAGUGUAGAAUGAAAUGGUUGGGUGUUAUGGCACACAAAAUGACAUAUGGACAACCAGUAUUCAGCGGAGGUGUGAAAACCGUAAAGGCUAAAGUGGAAUUGAUCAAAGCGUUGAACGCAAUGCAGGUGGAAGAUGCAACAGAUAUUGACUGGGAAGAAAUUGCUCACACAAUUGGGGGUGUGACUCCUUGCUACGUGCAGAUGCACUACCACAAGCUGAAAGUAUCCAAAGUGCCAUUGAGACAGAGCAUGUCUUUCUGUGAGAUCAUUGAUUUCCUGUACAGUAGUGUUCUGCCCAAGUUUGAAGAGCUCCUCCGACACAGUCAGACUGAGCCAGGAGAGACCGAGUCCAGAGAUCUCCACCAGGUUCAGACUGAGUCAGGGGAGACCGAGUCCAGAGAUCUCCACCAGGUUCAGACUGAGUCAGGGGAGACUGAGUCCAGAGACGAUCCACAAGAGCUCUUCCUGCUCUCAGAGAUCUUUGAAAAUGAGGACGACUGAGAUUAUUACAGCGAGGUUCAGAACAGUUGAUUAUCAAUCAUUUUUAUCUCUGCAAGCUUUAUUUUUUGAAUGUUAUUUCAAAGGCAGCUUUUGAAAAGAGUCGUUUGGAUGUAGAUGGUGAAAAUCUAUUGAAUGAUCCUGAACAUGCUGGUUAGGAGUUUUCCUUUUCUGAAAUUCCCUGAUACAGAAGUCCUGGAUGUUUUGUUAACAUUAGACAUGAUUACACCCCCAGGGGCUGAGCAUUUGGAGCCUGGUCUGCUUAUGUGUGCAGCCACCCCUUAUUCCUGCAUCAGUAGCCCAUAUUUUUAAUGUAACAUUGUUAUCAGGAAGUAUUAAAAGAACAUGGACAUAUGUGCCGACACUUCAUAAGGACGGUAGUGACUUACUCACUUUUCAACACUUCCUUGUUUAGCUGAGAUUCUUGAAUCCUUGAUCAAUGUACAACUUUGUUCUUUUUUUAAUCUGAUAAUUGUAUUCUUAUUAUAAACCAAUCAGGGUUUUAGCCCUGGGUAUAAUACUACCACAGCAACCACGCUAGUUGUUAAUUAUCUUGUCAAUGCCUGGGAUGCUAAAAAGAUCUGUGCUGCCUUGUUCAUUGACCUGUCAAAGACGUUCGAUACUGUUGAUCAUUCUGUUUUACUGAAGAAAUUAUCAAGAAUA